UUCAUACUGCACAAUGGCACAGGUGGCUUGAAACGGUGAACCUUUGAGGCAUAAAGGGAGCGGCCUGGUGUCUGAUUUUAUUUUUGAAAAGGGACAUGUCCUCCUGAAAGUGCAGUCUGGUAGCUUUGGCUUGCUGUGAUUGGAAUGGAGCCCCACCAUGCUAUGAGGCUCUGGACAUGACUAUGACACUCCACCUUAGCCCACUGGUCCAGUUCACAUAGCUUGCUUGCUUGGAGUCCUCCCUGUGGUCCAACAACAUACAGACAACUGGAAUGAAUCCGGAUCUCAUAACUCGUAUGAAACUGAACUGUAGCCGAGAAGGAUGGAUGGCCAUGAAGAGCUCUAGAGGUACCUUCUACCUGGGCUUCAUAGUGGGCACCUGCACUUUGUACUUCUUCCUGAUGCAGGUGCCCCUUAACAAGAACUUACACAAAUUGAGCCUGCUGGUCACCUCCAAGAACAAGCUAAAGGUGGAAAAUGAGAGCCUGAACUGGAAGGUUGGUGGGCCGGCCCUGAUCAACCUGGAGCACCCUCACUUGAAAGUAGGCAAGGACAGCAGUGUGGCCGAUGACAUCUACAACAAGGUCCGCAUUUUGUGCUGGGUCAUGACGUAUCCUUCGAACCUCAAGAAGAAAGCACGCCACGUUAAAGCCACCUGGAGCCGCCACUGCAACACGGUGAUCUUUGUGAGCUCCAUGGACGACCCCAGCUUCCCCACCAUAGGCCUGAACAUGAAGGAGGGGCGCGACCAGCUCUACUGGAAGACCAUCCAUGCCUUGCAUUACCUGGAGCAGCACCACUUCAACGAGAGUGACUGGUUCCUCAAGGCGGACGACGACACCUUUGUCAUUGUGGACAACCUGCGGUGGAUCCUCGCCAACUACACCCCCGAAGAACCCAUCUACUUUGGCAAGCGCUUCCGGCCCUUCACCAGGCAGGGCUACAUGAGUGGUGGCGCCGGAUAUGUCCUCAGUAAGGGGGCCCUGCAGCGCUUCGUGGAAGGCUUCCGCACCAACGUGUGCUCCCACACCAGCUCUGUGGAGGACCUGGCACUGGGGAAGUGUAUGGAGAAAAUGGGCGUGCUGGCUGGUGACUCACGUGACUCCCUGCUUCGGGAGACCUUUCACCCCUUUGUCCCCGAAACGCACCUCACCGGCAAGUUCACUCAAUCCCUCACGUACCGGAACUACUGCUACUACCCCACUGUGCAGGGUCCCCAGUGCUGCUCUGACCUCGCUGUCUCCUUCCAUUACGUGAACGCUGAGCUCAUGUACAUCCUGGAGUACUACACCUAUCACUUGCGCGCAUACGGCUACCAGUACCGCUACAACCCUGGACUUCCGGACAACUACGCCAGGCUGCUAGCCCACUAGGACAGAGCAGGAGUCUGGCAGGAACAACUCGGUGGACACCCAGCCGGAGAAGAGGCAUCUGUGCUGGGCAGAACCUCUUGGGCUGUUUUUUUGUCUUGUCAGCCGGAUGUGUUCAUUAUUGGGGGAAGGGGAACUCUGAAGCUAAAAAUACUGAUAUUGGCGUGGAAGGCGACGCCAAUCAAAAUCCACUAUCUUAACUUGAGCUACAGGACCGAAGAAGCCAGGGGUCCCCAACCUGACACGUCCACCUAAAUCAAAGAGGGUGCCAGCAUGACGCAUAUAGUUCAGCAUAACAGGAAGAACUGGCUCGUAUUCAAUUGCUACUUUAAAUAUCGCAGACUUAGCCUGCAUGAAUACCUGCUCACUGAGUCAGCCCUAGGUCCAUCCCUAUUAGGAGUGCGCUUAUGUUUUCGGGAAUAUACUGUAGCAGCAGGUAGUGACACUAAAGGAAUGUUUCACCAAAUCCACAUUUUACCAGAAGAUCAACCUCUUCAUUUUCAUCCAUCCAUCCAUUAUCCAUCCCGCUAUAUCCUAACAACAGGGUCACGGGGGGUCUGCUGGAGCCAAACCCAGCCAACACAGGGCACAAGGCAGGAAACAAACCUUGGGCAGGGCGCCAGCCCACCACUAGGCACACACAACACACACACACCAAGCACACACUAGGGACAAUUUAGAAUCGACAAUGCACCUGACCUGCAUGUCUUUGGACUGUGGCAGGAAACCGGAGUACCCGGAGGAAACCCACGCAGACACGGGGAGAACAUGGAAACUCCGGGGUCUCCUAACUAUGAGGCAGCAGCGCUACCACUGCGCCACUGUGCAGUCCACCUCUUCAUUUUGCGUGGUGUAAUUUGGAAAGUGGCAUACAACGCCCCCCCCAAUUACCUUAUAAAUGGCAGGUAUCUAUUUCCCUUUGGUACAACUUGCAGCCCUUGUUGGGCAAUUUUUGCUCUCCAGUGACAUGUAAUGAACAACACCGAACCAGCAGAUGAGAUCAAAUCCUCAGUACAAAAGAGUUUCUUCGUAUAUGGACAACCAUUUUCAGAGUCUACCAUAAACCCCGAAGGCAAAGCAACUAAUAGACAAACUAAGAGAUCUUCUUUCAAAUGGUUGAAUUUGACCUUUGUCUAUGGGCUAGUAAUUUCCACAAGAUACUAGAACAUCAGCUACAAGAACCUCGUUCAAUUAGUCCAGAAGUCUGAUUGUCCCAGGAUAGAUCAGAUUCCAAAGAAUCCACUUUAGGCUUGAAGUGAUGAUAUUCCUCAGACAAUUUCAGGUACAAGUGUCAUCCAGUGCAGAAGACUACUGUCACUACAAAGUAUGCGCCAGUCAGUAUGAUCCUUUGGGGUAUAUUCUUCCAUUCACUGUACAGUGCAUCCAGAAAGUAUUCACAGCGCAUCACUUUUUCCACAUUUUGUUAUCUUACAGCCUUAUUCCAAAAUGGAUUAAAUUCAUUUUUUUCCUCAGAAUUCUGC